AUGGACCACCCCGAAUUCGAUAUUCUCCAUCUUCAUUUGCGCCUCUUCCAGUCCCUUGCGCCGUUCUGCAUGAUCCCCACUUCCCUUAUCACUUCACUAUUCCCUCUCCCAUCCACCUGCCUCCUAGUAGUCAAAAGAAUCUCCGUCGUAGCUAUAAGCAUCGUCGUAGCUAUACGAACUCUCCUCGAGAUCAAACGUGGCUUCCUCGUAGCAGAACCCAUCUCUCUCAAAGCCGAGAGCAUCUUCUUCAUGGCCGAGCGGAUUGUCAUCGUGGUCGAAAAUAUCUUCUUCCUCGCACUCGAGGCUUUCAUCACCAUCCUCAAUGUGAACAUUGUAUUGCUCACAAACUUCUUCCUCGGGUUCGUGGAUGCUGUCGUCGUUCUCUUGGGCUACAGGAAUCCCCAAGGCAGCACGCAAACGGUUGCUCCUUUCUUCGCACCAGAUAAUGAUCUGGAGGUUCUUUAUUAG